GGCCGGCGGUCCCCCGCAGCAGUUCGCGCUCUCCAACUCGGCGGCCAUCCGGGCCGAGAUCCAGCGCUUCGAGUCCGUGCAUCCCAAUAUCUACGCCAUCUACGACCUGAUCGAGCGCAUCGAGGACUUGGCGCUGCAGAACCAGAUCCGAGAGCACGUCAUCUCCAUCGAGGACUCAUUUGUGAACAGCCAGGAGUGGACCCUGAGUCGCUCUGUGCCGGAGCUUAAAGUGGGCAUUGUGGGGAACCUGUCCAGUGGGAAGUCGGCCCUGGUGCAUCGCUAUCUGACAGGAACCUAUGUCCAGGAGGAGUCCCCUGAGGGGGGGCGGUUUAAGAAGGAGAUUGUGGUGGACGGUCAGAGUUACCUGCUGCUCAUCCGAGAUGAAGGAGGUCCCCCUGAGCUCCAGUUUGCUGCCUGGGUGGACGCCGUGGUGUUUGUGUUCAGUCUGGAAGAUGAGAUCAGCUUCCAGACAGUGUACAACUACUUCCUGCGGCUCUGCAGCUUCCGUAACGCCAGUGAGGUGCCCAUGGUGCUGGUGGGCACUCAAGACGCCAUCAGUGCUGCGAACCCCCGGGUCAUUGACGACAGCAGGGCCCGCAAACUCUCCACAGACCUGAAGCGCUGCACCUACUACGAGACUUGCGCGACCUAUGGGCUCAACGUGGAGCGUGUCUUCCAGGACGUGGCCCAGAAGGUCUUAGCCUUGCGGAAGAAGCAGCAGCUGGCCAUUGGGCCCUGCAAGUCCCUGCCGAACUCACCCAGCCACUCGGCAGUGUCCGCUGCCUCCAUCCCUGCCGCCACGAAUGGCGGCGGCAGCGCCUUCAGCGACUACUCAUCCUCAGUCCCCUCCACCCCCAGCAUCAGCCAGCGGGAGCUGCGCAUCGAGACCAUCGCUGCCUCCUCUACCCCCACACCCAUCCGCAAGCAGUCCAAGAGGCGCUCCAACAUCUUCACGUCUCGGAAGGGUGCUGACGUGGACCGGGAGAGAAAGACAGCCGAGUGCAAGGUGGACAGCAUUGGGAGUGGCCGGGCGAUCCCCAUCAAGCAGGGCAUCUUGUUGAAGCGCAGCGGCAAGUCCCUGAACAAGGAGUGGAAGAAGAAGUAUGUGACCCUCUGCGACAACGGGCUGCUCACCUACCACCCCAGCCUGCAUGACUACAUGCAGAACAUCCACGGCAAGGAGAUCGACCUGCUGCGGACCACGGUGAAAGUGCCCGGGAAGCGGCUGCCCCGCGCCACGCCAGCCACAGCCCCGGGCACCAGCCCCCGGGCCAACGGGCUGGAGAGGAGUGGCACCCACCUGGGUGGGGGCUCAGGUGCCCCCCAUUCGGCCAGCAGCACGUGCCUGCACUCCGACCGCCCCCUCGGUAGCUCGGCCCUGGUGGGCCCGCGCCCGGAAGGGUUGCCCCAGCGCUCCUGCUCCGUUUCCAGCGCAGACCAGUGGAGCGAGGCCACCUCCCUGCCCCUGGGCACCCCGCACCCCGCCAGUGGCCCAGCUGAGGUUCUCAGUUCCAGCCCCAAGCUGGAGCCUCCCCCAUCUCCCCACUCCAACCGGAAGAAGCACCGGCGGAAAAAGAGCACCUGCACCCCCCGCCAGGAUGGCCCCACCAGUGCUGCUGAAGAUGUGGAGGAGUCAUUCGAGUUCGUGGUGGUGUCCCUCACAGGCCAGACGUGGCACUUUGAGGCCUCAACAGCGGAGGAGCGGGAGCUGUGGGUACAGAGCGUCCAAGCCCAGAUCCUCGCCAGUUUGCAGGGCUGCCGCAGCGCCAAGGACAAGACCCGUCUGGGGAAUCAAAAUGCAGCUCUGGCCGUGCAAGCUGUCCGCACUGUUCGUGGCAACAGUUUCUGUAUUGACUGCGAUGCGCCCAAUCCAGACUGGGCCAGCCUGAACCUGGGCGCCCUGAUGUGUAUCGAGUGCUCAGGAAUCCACCGGCACCUGGGGGCACACCUGUCCCGCGUGCGCUCCCUAGACCUGGAUGACUGGCCCCCGGAGCUGCUGGCCGUCAUGACAGCCAUGGGCAAUGCACUGGCCAACAGCGUCUGGGAGGGCUCCCUGGAGGGCUACGCAAAGCCAGGGCCUGAGGCAUGCAGGGAGGAGAAGGAGCGGUGGAUCCGGGCCAAGUAUGAGCAGAAGCUCUUCUUGGCACCCCUGCCGGGCUCGGACGUACCCUUGGGACAGCAACUGCUGCGGGCCGUGGUGGAGGACGACCUGCGGCUGCUGGUGACGCUGCUGGCACACGGGUCCAAGGAGGAGGUGAACGAGACAUACGGGGAUGGGGACGGGCGCACUGCACUGCAUCUCUCCAGCGCCAUGGCUAACGUGGUCUUCACGCAGCUGCUCAUCUGGUACGGGGUGGAUGUGAGGAGCCAGGACGCCCGGGGCCUGACUCCCCUGGCCUAUGCCCGCCGGGCCGGCAGCCAGGAGUGUGCAGACAUCCUGCUUCAGCACGGCUGCCCCGGGGAGGGCUGUGGCUUAGCACCCACCCCCAGCCGAGAGCCCACCAGUGGCACCAACACUUCUGCUGAGCUGCACCGCAGUCCCAGCCUCCUAUGAGGGCCGGGGGCCAGGAGGACUAUGCAGCCUGGGGACCCGCCUCCAUGCAGGCAGUGGGGAGACAAAGACAAAGAGUUAGAGACAUGUAGAAGGAAGUAAGGAGGAAACUAGGGAAAAGAG